ACACGGCCGCGUGCUGCGCAGCGCGCGCGCCUCUUCGACAAACAGCAGGAGGAGGAGGAGGAGGAACCAGAAAUCUUCGCUCAUUUACUUAACAUCACUUCCCCGCCGCCGGUAAAGCAAACACUCCUCCUAAAGCAGCCGGGGAGCAGAGGUGAGGCAGGUGAGAGUCUCACCCGAAGCCUCCGCCACCCACAGCGGCGCUCGUUUGACCCCCGCGCCGGUGCAGGAGCUCUCAGCUCGGCGCUGAUUUUCUUCGAGACCGUCUGUAAAAUCUGCGGAGGCGGAGAUCUGAGUGAUAACCGGAUUCUUCCUGCGUUCGAAUAAUUGUAGAUAAUGGAGACUUGAGGGUUUUAGAGGAACCUGACUGGCAGAAGUGUGACAGGAUAAAGAAGGCUCUCUCAGAAGGAGCAGAUGCCGCGUUCCAGCAGCUAAAGAGAAGAAGUCACAAAGAAGUUUCCUCAUUUUUCGUCCUUCUUCUCUAAGAUCGGUGUCAUGGCUACUUAUGGACAGACUCAGUACAGCCCGGCCCUCCAGCCUGCAGGACCAUACACGCACUACACUCACCACACACAGGGCUACAGCGUGCCGUCUUAUAACAUUAAGACAGAAGAUGGCCUGAGUCACUCUCCGGGACAGACGGGACUACUGGGAUACUCCAACUUCAGCAGCACACCUCCAAGUCAAAGCCUCUACAGCUACCCUCACCCACACGGCGGUGGGAUUUCUCCUGGAAUUUUUCAAGGGACACACGCAAUCUCGAGUUCAACCCCGUUCAACUCCACCCAACAAGAGUUUUCUGCAUAUUCCAGCUACAGCCAGAGUCAGUACUCCCCAUAUUAUAACUCACAUCACUACAACAGCCCCUACCUAACCAGCAGCAACAUCAGUCCUGCAACAAUCACAGCUCCGUUAACGUAUCAGCACCCCGAGCACCCCAUCAUGAUGCCCAGUCACAGCCCAGAGGCACAAACGGGGGAUUACCACCCGCCUCCGAGCCCACCAACACCAGGUAAAGAGGAGGUGAUCCCAGCACGAAGGGGAUCCGAUGGCAAGUUGAGAGGAAGGAAAAAGAUUCUUGACCCAGCUCCUCCGCUGGACUCUGAUAUUGAGCGCGUGUUUAUCUGGGAUCUGGAUGAAACCAUCAUUAUUUUCCAUUCGCUCCUCACGGGGACUUUCUCCUCACGAUUUGGAAAGGACUCUUCAAAGGCAGUGUCUCUGGGUUUGUGGAUGGAAGAAAUGAUCUUCAAUCUGGCCGACUCGAGACUCUUCUUCAACGACCUGGAGGAAUGUGACCAGGUCCACAUUGAUGACGUGGCAUCAGACGACAAUGGACAGGACCUGAGCACCUACAACUUUGGGUCAGACGGCUUCCAGAGCCCAGCAGGAGCAGGUUCUUUGUGCCUGGGAUCCGGAGUCCAUGGAGGGGUAGACUGGAUGAGGAAACUGGCUUUCCGAUACCGCAGAGUCAAGGAGAUCUACAAUACAUACAAAAAUAAUGUUGGUGGCUUGCUAGUGAGUCCCAAGAGAGAAGAAUGGUUACAGCUGAGGAGAGAGAUGGAGAUCCUGACUGACCUGUGGCUGACUCAAGCCCUCAAAGCUCUGGCUCUCAUUAACUCCAGGCCAAACUGCGUGAACGUGUUGGUGACCACCACCCAGCUCAUCCCGGCCCUCUCAAAGGUCUUACUGUAUGGACUCGGCUCAGCUUUCCCAAUAGAGAACAUUUACAGCGCCACCAAAAUCGGAAAGGAGAGCUGUUUUGAACGUGUUUCUCAGAGGUUUGGCCGUAGAGCAGUCUACGUGGUGAUCGGAGACGGAGCCGAAGAGGAGACCGUAGCCAAGAAGAAGAACAUGCCAUUCUGGAGGGUGUCCUGUCGGGCUGAUCUGGAGGCUUUGACCCAUGCACUGGAGCUGGACUACCUCUAGAGGGCGAUAGCUGUUUAGAUCUGCACUAAAAACUCAACUUAGAUGCUUUUAGUGAGCAUCCAAGCAGACAGUUGGACACCAGGAUAAUGGAACUGUGAGACGCUCCCAAGAGGACAUACAAGCAUGAAGCCAGACGUGCUCACAUCCAAAGUAAAAUAAGGGACCAACUCAUAACUAAACCCAGGGAACUACGGUUAGUACUGCAAGUAUUAAGUCUACGUAUAAAGAAACAACCAAUUUCUACUCAGCUCAGCUUUUUUUUCUAACUGUUGCACUGAAUGCAAAACCAGAAAAUCCUGAUUUCCUGUUUAAUGAGCUCAGCGAGCAUCGCUGGUUUAUUUUCUACAGCUUGUCCAGCUCUGCUCAGUUUGUUUUUUAGAUGUUUAAACUCUUCAAAGGGCUAGUACGGUUUGUUUUGUUGUUUUACAUUAAAAUUAGAAAGAAGAUGUGUAAAUACGAGACCUUUUAGUCCCCUAGAACAAUGUCCCAUAACAUCUUACAGUUAGAGGCUAUUAAAAUGGUCUAUACUCUGUCAUGAUGGUGAAAGCAAUUUAUUAAAGGUUCAGUUUCUCACGGCGAUGAGCUGGAGGGACUGUUUAGCAUGAAAAUAACAACAAAUCAUCUGUAAAGACCAAAGAAAAUGUUUCAUAUAACGUAGCCUUGCAGAUUUUAGAUCCAUGCUUGAAUCUUCACUUUUUAUUUCUGGGUUGUACAUUGAUUAUUUUUCUGUCCCUGUUUAAUUUUCCAUUAACUUGUUUGUAAUAUAGGUGAACUGGUGUGUUUGUGCAUGUGCCGACUGCACCGCCUGUCAGCUUAGCUAUGAUUUGUAUAUAAUGCUUUUGUUGUCCUCGAGUUUUGACAGAUGGUUAAUGAAUAAAAAUAAAUUAAAUGCAUUUUGGGGA